GGAGCAGCGGCAUGGCCCGGCUCGGCGGCAGCGUGUGCGGCUGCUGCUGGCUCGUCCUCCUGUGCGCGGCGGCGGGGGGCCGAGCAGAAAUGCGCUAUGCAACCCUGUACUGGAACAAAGCUCAAAAAACACUUCAGGUCAAGAAUAUACUGGACAGGAGUGGAGAUGCCUAUGGCUUCUACAACAACACUAUACAGACAACAGGCUGGGGAGUUCUGGAGAUCAGAUCAGGUUAUGGCAGGCAGACCUUAAGCAAUGAAGACAUCAUGUAUGCAGCCGGCUUCUUGGAAGGCUAUCUCACAGCUCCGCACAUGUAUGACCAUGCUGCAAACAUGUACCCACAGUUAAUUAAGAAUCCUGCUGUUCGAAGUGGAGUUCAGAAUUUCAUGGCGAAACAAGAUCAAUGGACAAGACAACAAAUCAGAAAUAAUAAGGAUGACCCCUUUUGGAGGCAUGCUGGCUAUAUUAUUGCACAGUUGGAUGGUCUGUACAUGGGAGCCCUCGAGUGGGCUAAACUACACAAACAAAGAAUACUGAGCACCUUUGAUGUCCAAUUUCUGAAUGCAGUUGGAGACCUGUUGGACCUCAUUCCUGCAUUAUUUGAAUAUUCUGCACGGAGUGGACAAUGCAAUGUGGAGUCAGGGGGCCAUGGGAAAUAUCAGUGGGAUAUGGGUCACUGCUCUGCACUUAUCAAGGUUCUACCUGGGUAUGAGAAUAUCUUUUUUGCCCAUUCCAGCUGGUUUACAUAUGCGGCCACACUAAGAAUAUAUAAACACUGGAACUUCAAUAUAGUUGAUCCAGCCACUAGCACCAGCCGUGUCUCAUUCAGCAGUUACCCAGGCUUUUUAGUGUCCCUGGAUGACUUUUACAUACUGGGCAGUGGCUUGGUAAUGUUGCAGACUACCAACAGCGUGUUCAACCAAACCCUCAUGAAGCAAGUGGUGCCCGAAUCCCUGUUUGCUUGGCAGAGGGUCCGCAUUGCCAACAUGAUGGCAGACGGUGGCAAAAGUUGGGCAGAAACCUUCUCAAAGUGCAACUCUGGGACCUACAACAAUCAGUACAUGGUGCUGGACCUGAAGAAGGUCAAGCUGCAGAAGAGCCUUGAUGAGGGUGCGUUGUACAUUGUGGAGCAGAUCCCAAACCUUGUGGAAUACUCUGAUCAAACACACGUUCUCCGGAAAGGUUACUGGCCUUCCUACAACAUCCCUUUCCAUGAGAAGAUUUACAACCUCAGCGGGUACGCGGCGUACGUGGAGAAGUACGGAAUGGAUUUCUCUUACGAGCUGGCUCCGCGGGCAAAAAUCUUCCGUCGAGACCAGGGCAAGGUGACCAACUUGGAAAGCAUGAAGUACAUCAUGAGAUACAACAACUACCAGCGUGAUCCUUACGCCGAGCACAAUCCUUGCAACACUAUUUGCUGCCGGGAAGACCUGAAUCCCUCUUUUCCAGUGCCUGCAGGCUGCUAUGACUCCAAGGUGUCAGACUUCCGGCUGGCCUCAGCCUUCACAGCCUCUGCCAUCAACGGCCCCCCGGUCCAGGGCGGCCUCCCCAUCUUCACCUGGAGGCGGUUCAACCUCACGCGGCACCAGGGCCUGCCGGAGUCGUACAACUUUCCUUUUGUCACCAUGAGGCCCAUCCUGUGAAACCAGCACCACAGUCCCAAGUGCCUUUUUCUCUUUUUUUUUUAAUGGAAGUUUUCAUUCCUGUGUGUAAUAAAUCGACCCAGAUGUCCACA